AUGACCAAACCAACAUCCGCUCAACCCUACUUAGACGAAAUUAAGGAUAAAUUAUACGGUGAUUCUACCGUAGCAAAGAUCUGGGGUAUUGCAUCCCCAGCCUUAAGUCAACCAGAACCACCAACUGGAUUCCCAAACUAUGCUCCUGAUGGAAAAUAUGUCUUGAAUGAUGCCGACUAUUGGACCUCGGGUUUCUUUCCUGGAUCAGUUUAUGCAUUAUUAGAAAGAAGUAAAAAUUACCCCGAUUUCUUCCCAAAGAAUAAGAUUAAUGAAGUCAAAUUGGAAUUUGCUGCUAGAUGGUGGGCAGAUCCAAUGGCGUCUAGAGCUACCACUACUACUACUCAUGACUUGGGCUUUAUGAUUGCACCUGCGUUCAAGAGAGAAAUGAUCUUAACCAAAAGCAAAAGAAGUGAAGAAAUUUUGAUAACUGCAGCCAACUCUUUAGCCUCAAGAUUUGAUGAAAAGGUCGGAUGUAUUAGAAGUUGGGAUGAUUUACCUCCAAUUAAGAAGGACCAAACACCUAAAGACAUGGAUAAGGACUUUUUGGUGAUUAUUGACAAUAUGUGUAAUUUGAACUUAUUAUACCUUGGAGCAUAUUUAAGUCGUGACCUCCGUUUAUCAACUAUCGCUACCAAACACGCUGAAACUACUUUAAAGAACCAUUUCAGAGAUGACUGGUCAUCGUAUCAUGUUGUUCAAUAUAACAAACAGACAGGUGAAGUAGAUUCCAGAUAUACCGCCCAAGGCUUCGCAGAUGAAUCUGGAUGGACAAGGGGCCAAGCUUGGGGUAUUUUAGGUUAUAUUGAAACUUACUUCUGGACGAAGGAUAGAAAAUUCCUAGACGCUUCAAAGAAUAUUGCUAAUUAUUAUAUAUCAAAAUUACCUCAAGAUGGUGUUCCACCAUGGGAUUUUGACGCUCAAGAUAAGCAUAUUCGUGACGUUUCAUCUGCUAUGGCUGCUGCUUUAGGUAUGAUUAGAAUUUACGAAGUCGAGAAAGACGAAGAAUUUUUAAAGAAAGGAUUGAAGCUUGUAAGAGAUUGCAUUAACCUUUCUUACAAUAAUGAUGCUAAGCUAAAUGAUGAUGGUACUGUUGAAAUUGGAGCAACCGAAACAAUUCUAAACAACUCUACUUAUAUUCACAACCCUGCAUGUAACAUUGAUAUAUAUGACCAUGGUUUAGUUUAUGCAGAUUAUUACUUCUUGGUAAUUGGUAACAAGUUAUUACAGUUGGGCUUGUAUGAAUAA